CAUUCAUUGCCCGCGGCCUUGGUGGCCCGGCUCCGAGGCUAAGGCGGCCGCUUCCCCGGCCCGAGCGGGGCGCACGUGCUGCCGGUUCCCGCCGCGAGCGGCGCCGGAAGCGGGACCCGCCGGCCGGGCCAGGCCUCCUUUGUGGGGAGCGCGCCCUGGAGGCCCGGGCCGCGCCGACUGGGGAAGCCGGACCUGCCCCUCGCCUGCCUGGGGAGAGGAAAUUUCCACUGUCCGCUAUCUUGUGACUCGGCGACGCUGCCACCCGGACGCCCGGGAGAGUGCGGGCGAGCGCCGGCAGGACCGAAGUGGGUGGUGGGAAGCGAUGCUGCCGGAAGGUGAUAUCUGUCUUCCUUCUGUCUUCUCAACUUCUAUCUCCUGGUAACUGGGAGGAAGGGUCUGAUCUUGCUCUUCUACCUAGUUUUUUAUGGGUUCUUGGCUGCACUCUUCACAUUCACAAUGUGGGCCAUGCUCCAGACUCUGAAUGAUGAGGUUCCGAAAUACCGAGACCAGAUUCCUAGUCCAGGACUUAUGGUUUUUCCAAAACCACUGACUGCCUUGGAAUAUACAUACAGCAUGUCUGAGCAGCCUACUUUUGAAAAGUUCACCAAAGACCUGAAGAGGUUCCUAAAGCCAUACUCUGUAGAAGAACAGAAGAAUCUCACAAACUGUCCUGAUGGAAUACUUUUUAAACAGACUGGUCCAGAUUAUCAAGCAUGUCAGUUUCCAGUUUCCUUGCUUCAAGAUUGUAGUGGUGUGAAUGAUGCUGAUUUUGGCUAUUCCAAAGGACAACCUUGUAUUCUUGUGAAAAUGAACAGAAUAAUCGAAUUGAUGCCAGAGGGAUCACCACGGAUAGCAUGUGAGACAAAGGAUGAAACCAUAGCAAAUAUAUCAACUUAUCCUGACUUUGGAGUUAUAGACUUAAAAUAUUUUCCAUACUAUGGGAAAAAACGGCACGUCGGGUACCGACAGCCCCUCGUCGCCGUCCAGGUCCUCUUUGAUUCCAGUGCCACCAAGAAAGAAGCAACCGUUGAGUGCAAAAUCGAUGGAUCACAAAACCUCAAAAACAAGGAUGAACGUGACAAGUUUUUGGGACGAGUUGUGUUCAAAGUCACAGUGCGCCAGUAGGAGUAGGCCUCUCCACGAAUAAAUGUUGUGCUGUCUCCAUUUUGUAUCAGCUGGACCUGCCAUUCUAGGAAUAUGAGGCCACCUUGGAGGAGGUGGUGUGGUACACACACUGGGAUGACAUCAUAACGUGCUUCCAGAUCAUAGUGUUCAGUGUCCUCUGAAGUAACUGCCUGCUGCCUCUGCUGCCCUUUGAACCAGUGUACGGUCGCCAGAUAGGGACCAGUGAGCUCCCAAUUCCAAACAUGCAGAGUGGGGGUCUCAUCUUCUGUGUGUAAUUGCCAAACGUCUAAAGCUUAAUGUGCUAUGCUCUGUAAAUAUUUUAUGGAUUUAACACUGGUAACUGUCAUAUUUUGAUGCCAACCAAGUUUUAGGGAUAAAAUGGUACCUUGCCAACAUCAAGUGACUUUAACUGCAAGAAAUGUGUGAGAAGUUCUGUAUGUGAGGAGGAAAAAAAUAAAAGUGGAUCUGAAAGUCUUA